GAAGACGACGAAGAAGAAGGAAGGAAGGAAAGAGCGUUUUGAUACCAGGCCGCGACCUGCUACUGAAAAAAGGUUACAUAACUUAGAAAAUUUUAAUUUCUUCUUAGCUUUGUGUGACCUGCCGAGACGGAGACGUCGAGAGGAGUCUCUUCAGCUGCACAUUUUCUGCGAUAUUUUGACUUUGGCACGCCAUUUCGUCAAUUUCAAACGGAUCAUCAUGGCUGAUGAUUUUGACGUUGAGGCCAUGCUGGAGGCUCCAUACAGAAAGGAUGAGAUCAAGUCCUCUCAUGCAAACGGACAUGACGACCAGAACAAGAAGAAAAGGAGGAGCCGAAGCAAAAGCCGGAGCCCAGGCUCUAGGAAAAGAAGAAGCAGAAGCAAAGACAAAAAGAAGGGUAAGAAGAGGAGCCGGAGCCGAGACAGAAAAAGAAGCCGCAGCAGAGAGCGUCAUCGCAGCCGCUCCCGCAGCAAGGAACGAUCUGGGCGAUACAGAGCGCGCAGGAGCCCCAUCCGGAAACGUUCCAAAAGCCGGAGCCCCUUCAAAAAAGACAAGAGUCCCAUCAGGCAACCAAUUGACAAUCUAACACCAGAGGAGAGGGAUGCCCGAACAGUCUUCUGUAUGCAGCUCGCUGCGAGAAUCAGAGCUCGAGACCUGGAAGAUUUUUUCUCAGCUGUCGGAAAAGUCAGAGACGUGAGGAUGAUCUCAGACAGGAACUCAAGGAGAUCAAAGGGUAUUGCAUACAUAGAGUUUGUGGAGGCUUCUUCUGUACCAUUGGCGAUUGGAUUGACCGGCCAAAGGCUUUUAGGAGUUCCCAUCAUCGUCCAGGCCUCUCAGGCUGAGAAAAACAGAGCGGCAGCCGCUGCCAAUAAUCUACAGAAGGGCAGUUCGGGUCCGAUGCGGCUGUAUGUGGGCUCGUUGCAUUUCAACAUUACUGAAGAAAUGCUUCGAGGGAUCUUUGAGCCUUUUGGAAAGAUUGAGGGAAUCCAGCUUAUGAUGGACAGCGAGACUGGACGAUCCAAAGGAUACGGCUUCAUAUCGUUUGCAGAUGCAGAAUGUGCAAAAAAGGCCUUGGAGCAACUGAACGGGUUUGAACUGGCUGGACGUCCAAUGAAGGUGGGGCAUGUUACAGAGCGCUCAGAUUCAUCGACGGCCAGUUCGUUCCUGGACAACGAUGAACUAGAGAGAACCGGCAUCGACCUCGGCACCACGGGGCGUCUACAGCUUAUGGCUCGACUAGCAGAAGGAACUGGUCUGAAGAUUCCUCCUGCUGCUCAGCAGGCUCUACAGAUGACCGGCUCCAUACCGUUUGGAAACAUCGGAGCUCCAGCAGCUGUUCCAACUCCAGCUCCAAGCCAAGCCUUGAACCUCCCAUCACAGCCACUGGCCACACACUGCCUUCAGCUGUCCAACCUGUUCAACCCACAAGCGGAAAACGAUCCCAGCUGGGCCUCUGAGAUCCAAGAUGACGUGAUUGAAGAGUGCAACAAACAUGGAGGAAUUGUUCACAUUUAUGUUGAUAAGAACUCGGCUCAAGGUAACGUGUACGUGAAGUGUCCCUCGAUUCCAGCAGCGAUGGCAACUGUAAAUGCACUUCAUGGACGCUGGUUUGCAGGCAAAAUGAUCACGGCUGCCUACGUUCCCUUACCCACCUACCACAACCUUUUCCCUGAUUCAGUAACGGCAAAGCAACUUCUAAUGCCGGCACGUCGAUAGUCAGAGACGUGCUUAUGAAAGGCAGUGUAAAUACAUUUGUUUGCAUUCAUGGAGAUGUGAUUGAAACCGACACAUUGAAAUUAGUUGGCUGUGUGUAAUAAAAGUUGCCUCAAUUUCACAAGUUCACCAUUGAAAAUUAGGCUUUUUUUUUUUAGUUGCUUUUCAAAUUUUUUGUGGGUUUGUGUUGUAAACUACCAUUGAGGAGUAAUCUCCUGGUAUCUAUCGGUCUGUAUGCUUUUAAAUAUUACUGUCUUAUCUGCUUGUUUAAAUCCAGUUUUAGAUUUAAAAUAAAUUGCAAAGAAUCACACAAAUGUGUUAGGUUAAUAGGCCUUAAUGCCAAAAGUAUAUCAAUGUCAACAAUAAUCCUUUGUAACUUUUUACAGCCAUAAUUUCAUUUUUUGUAUGAAGGCUCCCAAUAAACUUUGGCAAAUUUGACAAUUCAUUCUAUGUUUUUGUCUCCUUUUUGGGAGUUUGUCAAUUCCAGGUUCAAAUAAAUUACUUUGUGAUUAAAAGGA